AUGGCGUUUUUCUCUGCCGUGCCUUUUCGUGUCGCCUGUGCGGCUGCUGCAGUCGCGCAGAGACGACGACCCGAGGUAGAUGAUGGAUUUGAAGACUUGACGGAAGAAGAGUUACGGCAGUAUUUUCGUCUGGCCAAACGAACAGUGCGUAGCUUGUGCGACGAACUUGACCAUAUCAUUGGAUGCCAGCGAGCCAGUGGCCUUUCCACAGAAAGGAAGGUGUUGUGCGCGCUGCGAUUCUUCGGCACCGGAAGCUUCCAGAGGAGCGUUGGUCGCGAGGAACACGUAGGCAUCGCACAGUCGGCCGUGAGCAGCACCAUUCACAAGGUGACGGAGGCCAUCAUUUCCGUGUCUGCCCGGAGAAAGUUGGUGGACUUUCCUUUCGCACCGUCUGCCAAGGAUGAAGCUAAGGCGGCGUUUGCGCGACGCGGCGCCAUUCCAGGCGUGCUAGCGUGCGUCGACGGCACGUUGAUCGCCAUCAUGAAGCCAGAGGGACUCAGCCCGGCCGACACGGCGAGCUUCGUGUCGAGAAAGGGUUAUUACGCCCUAAACGUCAUGGUCGUGUGCAACGCGGAACUUCGCAUUCUUGCUGUGGACCCCCGGUUCCCUGGUUCGUGCCAUGACUCUUGGGUGUGGCAGCAUAACACACUGCGUGCACGCCUAGCCACACAACUGCAGCCUGGCGAGUAUCUGCUUGUACCUGGCAGCCAUGCCGGCACCACCUCUGAAGGCCACUGGAACCGGGAGCACGCAUCCAUGUGCAAUGUUGUGGAGAGAUGUAUCGGGGUGUUGAAAAGCAAGUUCCCCUGCUUGCAGCACUUUCGGACACUGCUGCACAGCCCCGAUAGAGCAGCGCGAAUCAUUUAUGCAUGCGUUGCUCUGCAUAACAUUGCCUUGGACGCGGGCGACUGGACAUUGGAGGAUUAUGGUGCGGAAGUGCCACCAGCUGAGGAGCCAGGAGACAUCCAGGUGCUGGCACCACACGACGUGUUCCUCAGAGGAAGGCAGCAGUGCAGCGCCGUUGUCAACCUUUUCUGA